AUGGCCACAAUCGAGCCGCGCUUGAUUCACCUGCUCAACGAGCAAAGGAAACCGCAACUCAAUCACGCCGAUCUUCCCCCGCUCCAUUCUCUUCCGUUUCCUACGGCCACGGACCGACCUUUGCCCCCGCUCGAGCCUGAUACAAACCACCGCGGCGACAGGCCAGCGGCUGACGUGCAAUUUGCUACCAACGCGGUUGGUUCAGUACAUCCCAUCAGCGGCGAUGGCACUCUUGAUUAUCGCAAGGAGUUUAGUAGCCAGGAUAGGACAAUAGCGUCGGCUUCCAGACCGUUUUCAUUACGUGGAACUCUGGGCGACAUGGAAAUACCGGAGUCUAUCAAUUCGAUAAGCCGAAUAUUAGACGACGGCUCUGAUGUUUUUGAUGAUGCUUCGACCAAGAAACGGCACCGAGGCCUCCAUGUCAAGGACGACUUUGUACAGCUCCCGCAGCCUCUCAAAAAGCAGAGAGCUAUUCAGGCAGCGCCAGUUAUGCCACCAAUUAUUAAUGGACUUCACGAGCCUCCGCCACACGCCGCUUUGUUUCCACCCAUCUCCUCUGAUUCGUUCGACAGCAAAGAUGGGCUGCAGAUGAAUAUACUGCUUGAGAUUCCUCAGCCACCUCAAGAAGUUGCUGUGCCAGUAUCCAGUUUCAACAAAGCACGAAAGCGGAUUAGCAAACCAAGACGGAAAUGGUCUGAGGAAGAGACAACCCAUCUUUUGUUGGGCGUUGACAGACACGGAGUCGGCAAGUGGACGAGCAUUCUUGAGGACACCGAUUUCAAGUUCAAUGAUCGGACGGCUGGCGAUCUCAAAGACCGAUUUAGGACAUGCUGCCCCGCCGAGCUUCGCAAGUCCAAUGGUACCAUUGAUGCGGCAUCGCCACCACUUUCUAGUCAAGGAACAAAACAGGAUGGCAAGACAGAUACUCACCUGGAGAAGAUAAUGGUAGAUGGGAAUUCUGCAUCAGCAAAAGACACAUCUUCCGCAUCACAGGAAGAGGUUGAAAAGAGUCCAAAGCAGAAAAAGAGUAGGGCACAUCGCAAGAAGAUGGAGGACCUGGUAGAACUCGGUAUCCAUGGGCCUUUCAAAAAGUCUCAUCGCCGCGAACGUCGACCUUUUACCGAACAAGAUGAUAUCGAGAUCCUUGAGGGAUUGGAUACUCAUGGCCCUUCAUGGACGAAGAUCCAACGAGACCCGCGUUUCCAUCUGUCCAGUAGACAGCCGACAGAUUUGAGAGAUCGGGUACGCAAUAAGUAUGCCGAAGUUUACCAGCGUAUAGAGAAGGGAACUUUCCAACCCAAAGAGGCGGGUCGAGGCAACGAUGUUGCAGAACAAUCAGCGAGUACCCUGCCCCAAAACUCAUUUCAGCCAUCAAAGGCUGCGACGCUAGAGCCGCAAAUGAAACAGCCACCGUCCCAUGAGGAUCUUCCUCGAUGGCCAGUCCAACAGAGAAUCGAUAUAGGCGAAGCAAAUGGGACGGCUCAGGUAUUUGAGUUUGGUGAGGCUGCAACACCUCAGUUUAUGGGCGGCGAGAUGGACAUUUCACGCCUAUUACUAGACGAUGCCAAGCUCUCCCCGCUGGACUCACGGUUUGGUUUUGAAGGCAUCCCUGGUCUUUCUCCACCAGCUAGCGCUUCGCAGAAAGGUCACAACGCGGAUAGCAAGAAUCUCUCAAGAAGAUAG